UUGCCCCGCACUGCAUGGCUGCAGCGAGCGCGAGCACAAGCCGCACAGGCCCGCCGAGGACUGAAGUCGUGAGAAGAGGCCAACCCCGGCUCACUCGCGCCACGCUCCGCCUGCCGCUGCUAGUGCUGGCUCUCGCGGCGAGCGCUGGCGCCGAGUCGGUGACGCUGCAGCCCUCUGGUCUGACGCAGCUCUCCUCGUCGCGCGCCGUGCUGAUCUUAGCGGGCAGCGUGGGCGACGCGGGCGGCACGUGCGUCGCGGUGACGUGGGCCCAGUCGGCGGGCCUGCCGCCGCCGUCCAGCCUCGACGGGCGCAACGACUGCACGCUCCGCGCGGCGAUCGAGCUCGCAAACACGAUGAGCCCGAGCACCUCGGUCACGGUCCUCGUGGCGGCCGGGAGAAUCCGCUUGCAGAGCUCGCUGCCAGAGGCGACGGGCCGGCUGCAGAUCGUCGGCUCGGCGCCUCCGCCGGAGCCCGACGCCGGCUCGGCGGACGACGGAGGCGGCAUCGCCGGCGGAGGCAUCGUCGGCGGAGGCGAGCUCGCGACGAAGCCGAACCUCGCCGCCAGCGCAGAGAAGGCCGCAGGGCUGAGCAGCCCCGUCGGCACAAUUCUCGACGGCGGAGGCGCUGUUCAGAUCCUCCGCACAGGCGCCGGCUCAGAGGUGCACCUGAACACACUCCAGUUCGAGCGCGGCAGCGCAGAUCAGCUGCUGGACGCCGACGCGCGCGCGGGCGCCGGCGGCUGCGUCAACAGCCUUGGGGCGCUGGUGCUGCAGAACGUUGCGAUGCGGAACUGCAAGGCCGUCAACGGGGGGGCGCUCGCAAGCGAAGGCGGCCUCGAGGCGUCUAAGAGCGUCUUCACCCACAACGUGGCGCGGCAUUGCGGCGGAGGAGUCGACGUGGCGCUCGGCUCCAAAGCACAUCUGGCGCAGUGCCAUCUCGAGAAGUGCCACGACGCGUGCGGGAGGCUGAUGAUCCGGGACGCGUCCGCCCAGGCCGCGGGAAGGGAGGCGGAGGCGCGCAAGCGGGCGCUGCCCGGAGGCAGCGCCGCCCCCUCCAUCGCCACCAACCGGCUGCCGGAGGAGGGCGGCGAGGCGUUUGUGGACGCGAGCGGCGCCAUCGCGCAGGGGCCGUCGCUUGUGGGAGGGCAAGCUGGCGGCGGCGGCAAGGCGCGGAGGCGGCGGCAGGUCGUCGGCUGCGACGCCGGCACCUCCUUCAACCCCGAGACGCGCCGCUGCGAGGCGGGCGCCGGCAGGUGACCGCGAGGGCGGGCAGGGCGAGGGCGAGGCAGCUGUGUCCGCUGCGCCACCCCGAGGAGACACCGCCCUGACCAAGGGCUCUGAGCUCUUGGGCGUCCCCUGGAGCCUGGACCUCGAGUUCGCGCGCC